AGAAAAUUACUACGACGAAGCGAGUUUAUAUUCAUCAGAAGAAAAUCAUACGACUCGCCGUUGUAAUCAUUUCUGUCAACCGGAAUUGGGAUUUUAGUGCCAAAAUCAAUAUGUAUCAUCCAUCUAGAGGCGGAGUUCGGGGUGGUCGCGAUCAAUUUAGCUGGGAUGAUGUUAAAGUUGAUAAGCAUCGUGAGAACUAUAUUGGACAUAGUGUCAACGCUCCAGUUGGAAGAUGGCAGAAAGGUAAAGAUCUUUAUUGGUAUGCGCGCGACAAGAAAUCUCAACAAAUGGAUGCAGAGGCAGCAAAAGAAGAGAUACGAAGGAUUAAGGAAGAAGAGGAGCAAGCCAUGCGGGAGGCUCUGGGAUUAGCUCCUAAGCGUGCUGCCCGGCCUCAAGGAAACCGACUAGACAAGCAUGAGUUGUCUGAGCUAGUGAAGAGAGGCUCUACAGCAGAAGACCUUGAAGCAGGCCAUGCUGAAGCUGCUCAGGUUCAAGGCCUUGGGUUUUCUCGAUCGCAUGAACCCUGGAAAGAAUCCUCAAGUGCAGUACCCAGUGAGAAGGCAGAACCUCCAGAAAUCAGAAACAGGUCCAUGCUGGAGGAACCCACAAGUAGAGAAGAACGCUCAGAGGAAGAAAGAAGCCAAAGGAAGAGACACCAUGAAGAUAAGAAACGGGAGAAGCAUGAUAGGCGCGAGAAACGGCACUCUCGGGACUCGGAUGAUGAACGGCGGAAGAAACAUAGGAGAGACAAGAAGAGGAGACAUGAUUCUGAUUAACUCAGUGGUACCUUAUAUAUAAGGACGUAUGGUUAUCUAAUUGUACAAUUCCCCAAUAUGGUGAAUGCUAGUUCGGAAAUGCUUAUGAGAAGAAAGGCAAGUACGAAUAGCAUCUCCUAUUCCUGUGCAAACCAUAACCAGAGUCUAUUGUGUGGGUCCUGAGAGUUUGUGACAACGUUUGUGAAGUAUGGGCACUAUAUAUUGGUUGAUCAUAGUUUUUCAAGUUGUUAACAUCGAGGGUAAAACAAAAAACAAGGAAUGUUAAAUUUGCUAUCUAUGUUAUGAUAGAAUUGGGACCACCAAAAUUUCAUGUACUCCCUCUGAUCUCCUAUAAUUGUCCCAUUUUUUCAUUUUUUUAUGUUCCUCUAUAA